AUGGAUGUGGUGUUGAACUCGGCAAUGGCGCCAUACUUGAUAAUCCCUCUACCGGCCGGAUAUCCGAUGGUUGGGUUCUUGCCGGGAAUCCAGAUGAUGUCCGUGUUGAUCCUGAUGUUUCUCAUCCGACAGCAGGCCAUCAUGCCUGAUGGCCAUCCCCUCAAAUUCACAAAACGAACGACGCGCCUAAUCUACACCGGGAUGCCGACACUAUCUUUCUUAGAAAUAUGGGGCCUCAUGAUUUACAUGCUCGUCAACGAUGACCAGCCGGCAGCCAGAAAAUUGUAUCAGGAAAGAUACCCAUUCUUUCGUCGCUUUUUCGAUCUACCAUCGCUGUACGUCUUCACCCCCGAUAUCGGUGGCAUUAUGAUAUUGAACCUAUCGACGUUCUUCUUCUUCACCGUCGCUGUGAUUACAGGCAUCUGUACCGUAUGCUUCGUGGUUCUCACCGGCCAAAAACAGUUCAUGAGCCCGAAAACGUAUCGGUUACAGAAGCUAUGGAUUUACAACUGCAUCAUUCAGCAUGGGUUCUGCUCCAGCGUCGUCACGCUGCUCAUCUACAAGCCUUAUUCGGAAUAUGUGAAACAAUCUGCACUGUCGAUUAUUGCUUUCAUUACGCCCUAUGGUAUUUUUGGGCGUCCUGCCACGUCAGUCAGAGCCACUUCGGCCACCAUCAAUCGAUCUUUUACGGCCACUAUCCACCGA